AUGCCGCCUUCUAGCGGGCAUCUGCUGCUCCCCAAGGUCUGGAGAGCAGCGAGGUUUGCCUACGAGAAGGCUUGGAAAACCAUAAAAACCAAAUUUCCAGAGCCUGUCCAACAAAACUCCCUUCGGGUUCAGCCAGCAUAUGUUCGGAUUAAUCCUCGGCAGCCCAUCAGUCGAGCUGCUGCGAUCCGACAAGCCCGGAGCCGCCACUUUUCCACUCGUGCCACCGACUCCUUCCUCUCUUAUAUCCGGACCGGACUACAAGGUGGCAAGGCUACCCCACAGGCGUCGCGGGUUGCCUCCAACAUCAGUCGUCUCACAAGCCGGGCACCAUUUGCGUCGGCUCUCCGCCCAAAUUUGACCGGUGGUACACUUUGCCGUACAGCGGGUGGUUAUGCUAUUGGUGCUGGCCGUAUUGGGGGCGCAAGGUACUUCUCGCAUGGCCCCGCUGCACCAGCCCAGGUCAUUAACAAUGUGUCCGUGGGAAUGCGAGCGUUCUUUCUUUCAGGGCAGAAGGUCCGGUUCGACGGCAUUGAUUCCGUCAGCGGAAACAAGAAAUACAAGGCUGUGACUAUGCUUCAGGACCAAGCUGAGCAGAAGAUGAUGGCUAUCCCUCAUACUGCUCCUGGCUCGUUCAUUGACUUCCAGCUCACUCCUACUAUCACGGCCUUCGGCCUGCAGAAGAAGUUUGAUCCCAAUGGUGCCUUCCAGUCCGAGACGCUCAACUCGGAUGGUCUUCUGGAUCUCCUCUCGGCCGACUUUGCGCGUGCCCUCAAGGAUUUGGCCGCCGUGCUGAAUGAUCUCAAGCGCCUAUCCUCCUUGGGUGAUUUUCCUAUCUUGCUUCACGAUCAGUCGACAAUCCGUGUGCGGUUCCCUGGUUGCGAUGCCGAAACUGUGGAGCGGCUCUGCGACGAGGUCGGAGUUCAGCGAGGCAAGAUUGCUCAAGAUGAAGAUUUCAAUGCUCUCACAGGCGCUGAUGUGGCUCUGCAUUUCCCUUUUGCUCCCAGUGCGCCUUCUUCGGAUAUUGGGGAAUACUUUUACUACCAGAAGGAUGCCUCGGAGCUACGAAAGCCCGAAAAGGUUGACUGGCAGGCCAUGAUGUCUCCGGAGAACAAAGCCAAAUCUUCGACCAGCCGUCUGGAACAGUCAGGGAACAAGAUCAGCUUCGAGGACAUUACACUAUUUGCUGAAAAUCCGUGGAUCUCAUCAUCUUCGGGAUAUUCCAGCAUCAAUGUUAGUGAACUCGGCGAUCGUGCCCUUUUCCCCGAAGUCUCAAGCGCCAGUUUCCCGGCGAGCUCUUCCGGAUACGAUGGAGUCGAAGGGAUCCACAAAUUUCUAGCUGAGUGCGAUUAUGCAGCGCGAUACAAUUAG